GGAAGAUUAAAACGAAGGUUGAACGGUCCAAGGUCCGAGCACUGAGACAUACUAAACUCCCGAUUUCCCCACACCACCAGUACUCUUAUCACCGUCCUUCCCGUUUCCAAACAAACGAAUAAAAACUAACAAAAAGUCCCAUUGAUACCGACAUCGAUAUCGACCAAUCUUUCUCUAUCCACACCGAAUGCACUCAAUUCGUGCCGUACCCAUAGGAAGAGCCGGGACUUUGACCAAUUGCCUAUUGACGAAGACGAAAUAGAGUCGCAGCGGCUAUUUAGACCGCGGUGGCGUCGCUCAAAUCGUGAGAAUUAUCGACGAUGAAAUACGGGGAACACUUUGAGGAAGAGUCGGUUCCAAGUUGGGGUCUACACAAUAUCGAUUACAACUCGCUCAAACACCAAAUCAAGGCGCAUACGACGAAAGACCAGGCUACCGCCAUAGCAAUUCCGGGACAACAGGACUAUGCUCUGAAAAGAUUCGAAGAUGCCUUCUACUUCGAGCUCUGCAAUCAACAUAACCGGGUCGGUCUCUUUGUCACAAGCAAAGCAGACGAGAUCUCGAGGCGCCUGCGUCACCUCUCCGACUCUGUACACCAACUUAUAGUACGAUGCAACAAUGCAGGUGGUGUGUCCCCAAAGCGACAACGGCGGUUGGCCAAGUAUGCUCUACAAAUCGACGAAUGCGACGACGACAUCAAGGCCUUGAGCCGAUUUGUUAACGCCCAAAUAAUAGCAUUCCGGAAGAUCCUGAAGAAGUACAGGAAAUGGACCGGUUCGACAACGUUGGGUAGUCGUUUCAAGGAGAACAUCCUAAGUUCACCUAAGAGCUUUACGAGGCGCGACAUCACCCCCCUUCGACUGCAACAUCGUGAGCUGCUCACCACCUUGGAGGCCGCCUCUCCCGAUAUCGACUCUUUCCAAGCCGAGCGACAGAAGCAGAAACAGAAAGCGAAUUCCGAACAACCUAAUCACAGUCGCCGAUCGUCCCCAACACGGAAGCCGAAGUCUUCGUCCGUGAGCACACCGGGAGGCUCAUCGAUGACGUACUGGAACGAAUAUGACCACGGCAGCGAAGCGGGGGAUUACGAGGAGGGUGGAUACGCACUUUACAUUGACCCAAACGCAAACGCGGACUUUCCUGGAUUCGUCUACGUUAAGACCAUGUUCACGGCGCCGAUGGAUAAGGUCCGGCAGUGGCUUAAGACGCGCUCGCCGCACUCGUCCGAAAGGCAAUCGCUUCUCUCCGGCCGCGGGCAGUCGCCAGUCGAUUAUUUCAGCACUCGUCAUUCGGCCACCGCCCACACUACCGACAACGAAACGACCGAGGACGAGUACGCGUCAUCCCUGAACUCGAGCAUCGGCCGCAGAAACAAGUCCAAGUACGCCGCCCUGCCGGCCACCGAAGAGGGCUCCGACUACCAGAUCGCCCUGUACCAUGACAAGGUACUCACGCGCGCCGUGAUCCUGGCCUUCGUCACCGCCUUCAUCCUACUGGCUAUUUCGGGGAUCUUGAUCGCUACGGGCCGUCAUAAGAUGCGCCUCGAGGUCGACGCGGGCGUCACGGUCGGUUCGGUCGCGAGCCUGUUCUGCUCCUGCAUGGGCUUGGGAGCUAUGCUGUACCGGCGGUACCCCGUCGGCUUCCUCUACACGCUUGCCGUGUGGGCGGCGUUUGUGGCGGUGUGCGCGCUCAACGGCAUGUUACUUGUGCUUGUCGUGGGGAGCAACGGGUUAUGACACGCUUCUUCUUCUGUCGAAUGACUACGGUCGUCUCUCCUUGGGUUUAUCCGGCGUUUUGUUUUCUAACUUGACAGGCGUUUGGGUUAGAGGUUUCGGGCGCAUAUACCUUGUCGCGCUUACGUAUGGGGUUCGGAUGCCCCGCACGAAGGUCCCGUAUCCCCCUCCCCCGUCUUUCCCUAGGUAUAUAUUGGGUGCUUAGGUACCACGUACCUAGAUGAUUAUGACAUCAGGGCAUAGAGGUGGGAUUAUAGGAAGCGAUCACGGAAUCCCG